CAGCGUCCUCUUCCAGUAUGAACCUCCUCUCACUGAAACCCUCCCAUUUCUGCAUUUCCCUCUCGAAGCGCCUUACCCUCACUACAAGUCCACACUCUACUAUUCUUUCAUUUCUGUGUUAUUUUUUAAGUUCAGGAAGAACCGUCUUUCAGCUUGCAACAGUUUAAAGAACAUCAUCUUCCAGCACAUCCUUACUCAAGAGCUAAUCAGAGCUGUGCAAGUCACUGUGUGUGCUGUCCUCUCAUGGCCUGUGUAUGUGUGUGGUUUCUGCAUGUUAUGCUCUCAGUGUUGAUUGUUCAAGGAAAACAGGAUGCACAGCCACUAAAUGCACCCAAGGAACUGGAAGUUUACCCAGAAGGUGGCUCCAAUGAUUUUGGAGUUUGGAAGAUGAAUAUUGAGUGGAAAGGCGAUUUCACCAACAGCAUCACAGCAGACAAAGUUACCUAUGACAUUAAGAUUUUCUAUACUGAGCAAAUGAAACUGGUUCAUAAUGAGACAAUAGAAUUGAAAGCGAAUCAAAUGGGCCAUUAUAACUGGAGUUGGACUUCACCAUUGCCACUGAAUUGUACAUCACAUUCUGUCCAGGUGCGCUACAGAGAUCAUGAUCACACCAGUGCCUGGACACCUCUGAAAACUUUGCCUGGAUCAGACACACUUAACCAAACGGAAACAAAGGUGUAUCCUCAAAACCAUGUUGCACUGGUUAGUGAGGGCAUCAGGUUCUGCUGUGUCCUAAAGCCAAAACAUGAUGAACAGUUCACAUCCCCAAGUUUCACGAUUCGGAUCAGCAACCGGACUUAUGUCACAGAGCCUAUCCGUCAUCCUUCUCCAUCUCCACAAGAUGGCUUUGAUAUAACAUGCGGGAAGGGGGUCGGCUCCACUUACUACAUUGGCUAUGCUCCUGAUGACCACAACAUUACAUGUGAGACUCGAGAUCUCAGUUCCGUGGAGUGUCACUGGAUUGCGGGGCAACAACAAAAUCUGUCAAAAUUGGUCACACCCACAGAGUACACCAUCAACGGAAGGCAAUGUGACCCUCCGAUUUGUGUUCUGAAUGAGACUAUAGACAAGGGGGUGAUGAAUUGGACCCUAACUGUCAGAAGUCGCCUUGGCACAAAAAUAAUCUUUGACACAGCUGAUCCAAAACACAGGGUGCACCUGAAAGCAGCAACGCUCGCCUCCACCGCUCUCUGUAAUGCAACAGUUGCAACUCUUGAGUGGGAAUGGAAGGGACUGUUGAAGUAUCAUUCCUUUCCAAUGAUAUGCCAAGUGGAGGUCAAUGAGGUCAAUGGACCCAUAAUUAAAAAAAGCUUUAAAGGAACAGGACUGACCUCAGUGGUCUUGGCAGAUCUUCAGCCCUUUACUAAGUAUGAAGCUCGUGUACGGUGCGGCUCUCGUGAGCAUUUUUAUAAAUGGGGGGACUGGAGUAACCGCAUCAUCUUCGUCACCAAAGAAGACAUUCCAGAAGCUGUAGAUGUGUGGAUGCAUGUUUCUGGUGAAGAGACUUAUGUUGUGUGGAAAAAUCUAAGUAAAGCCCAAAGUCAUGGGGACAUUACAGGCUAUGAGCUGGUUUUGGAAAGCUAUACAGACAAGAGCAAAGAGUAUGUCACCAAAUCCCCAGCAGAGCUCUGCCACAAACUGCGAACAGACAGCGCAAAAACACCUCAUGUUAUUUCCAUAUCUGCCAAGAACUCUGUCGGGGUCUCUCGUCCCUCCACCAUCACAAUCCCCAACCUGUCUCCAGGUGGUGGUGUUAACAUCAGUGAUAUUAAAGGAAAUAAUGGAGCUUUUCAUAUGGCCUGGGAUCUGAGUCCAAGGCCCAGAUGUGGCUAUGUUCUGGACUGGUAUCCAGCUUAUAAAGCACAACAGUGUGCUGUAGAAUGGAUGAAGGUUCCCCCCGGUGUCUCCAGAGCAAAUAUUUCUGCAGAUUUUAAAGACGGCGUGAAAUACACUCUCUCAGUUUAUGGCUGCACUUCAGAAGCACCGUACUUGCUGCAGAGGAGAGAAGGCUAUGUGGGAGAACUACCCCCAUCAGGACAAGUUCAGAAUCUAAGAGUAGAGCAGGAGGGCUUAAAUGUUUACCUCUCCUGGAAAAAUGUGCUUGAACAGCAGCAGCAGGGUUUUAUCAAAGGUUAUAAUGUGUCUUACAGCCGUGUUGGUGGUGAAACUUUUAAUUCAUUUGUAAUUCAAGACCCCAGUAUUCAGAAGCACACGAUCAGUCUUCCUGAUGUGGCAAGCUACACAUUCAGAGUGAUGGCCUUCACAUCUGCAGGAGACGGUCCUGUAUCUGAGAUCGCUCUGUCAAUGUAUCCUCAGGUUGGCCUGGUGAUUAUUAAUCUUGUUUCUGGUCUGGCCAUUAUGAUUUUUGUCCUUUGCCUCAUUGUAGUCCUUGCCUACAGAAAUAAGAAAUGGUUGAAAUCAGUGCUGUGGCCUGAGGUUCCCAAGCCGACGCUUUCAGAAGAAUUUCUUCAAAAAAAUGCUUAUCAGUGCCAAGUAAUGGAUCAACUGUUGCGGGAAGAAAAUGACAUGUUGAAAGUAAAGAGUCCGGAAUUCUGUCCUGCACAAACAGUACUAGAUCUGCAGAAAGGACACCAUCAAGCCCUGCAUCUCAACACUUCAUACGCCAAAGACUCCCUGCAGUCUGAAAGAUAUCAAAGAACUUCUCAUAAUCCACCCACUCCCAUUCCUGUUGACCUUUCUUACAAGCAGCUCCCAUGUCCCGGGAUUCACAACCCAACAUACAGCAUAGCCCUGUUGCCUGCAGCUGAUAAUGAUUUAGUUACAGGUUACAUGCCUCAGACAUAGAAUGGCAGUAUCCAGCACCAACACACUGAUGCUCAAUGGUGGUCCCACUCACCAUCCAACAUGUCUGAAAUGCAUUAUGAGGAUGAACUUAUUUAAUUCCACCUCUGUUAGUUGAUAUCAGAUCUACUUUAUGAAACUCGUAUCUUCUUCCUCUCUACAAAAAUAGUGGAGUUCAGCAGUAGCAGCAUUUUAAGACUUUUCAGAAGAAUUUUUGAAAAGUUUGUUUAUACCAGUUUGAGUUUGUAUCAUUUUUAAGUAUUCAAAAAUGUAACCCUCUGCACAGUUAAUGUGAAUACUAUUCAUGUACAUUAUUUUAUUGUGAUUGUAUAUCCUGCAGCAGUUAUCUUGACAGAUGUUGAAAUAAACACAUUUUACAUCAGAUAA